CAGUCCAUUAGCUGCUGCAUCUCCUCUCCGUAUGCUGAUUCGUCCCUCCUGCUGAUGAGGCCACUCAUUCACUGCCAAUUUAAGAUGGCUAGCAAAAUAAAAUGACAAGAGGAAAAAUGUUUUCACACAGCAAAUGGUUAAGACCUGCAAUAUACUGCCUGAAUGUGUUGUGAACGCAUAUUGAGUAAUUCAAAGAGCAUUGGAUACAUUGGAAACUGUGCAAGGCUGCCAGUUAAAGGUGGUGAAGUGGGACUAGAACUCACACCGCAAUUUGGAAUAACAACAGAUCGAAGAUCUUCCUCCUCAGGGCUUCUUGACCCUUCAGUAAAUCUGACAAAAUUGCCUCACAAAAAUCAGAGUCACCUGGAGUCCAGUCUACCUGUUCUUGAUGCCUUUUUUGAGAGAGAAGAGACAUCUUACCAACAAUACAAGAUCAAAAAUGAAAUCUCACAUGCAGAGGGUGAACUCAGUCCCAUGGUAUUUUUUGAAAAAAACCACAAAAGGAAUGAAAGCACAGACAGGCAGAAGUACAAGGCAACUGCAAAAGAACAUCCUGAGAGACAGGGAAAUUGGCAAUCAAACUACUUGCGAGGCCUAUAUCCAGAUAAAUCCAACUUGAAUAGGUCACCGAUCUACUAUAACCUUCUGGCCAAAAGCAUGCAGUCAAGUUUUUCCGUGUAUCCGAUCCACAAUUAUCAUCAGGGCACACAGCUCCAUCAUCAUGUAAUAAAACAGGGAGAAAGAGCUACAUCUUACAAUCUAGACCUUGAGGAGAACAGAUCCAGAAAAACUAUACGGUACAGAACAAGUGAAACAUUCAUAAAUGGAAGCAAUUCAUCAUCUGCAAUCCAUCGACGUCCUUCAAGUUUGCUCUAUCACUUCAACAUACUCAGAGAAGAUUACAAUAAAGAGUUAUGUUCAAUUGAAUGCAGAAAGGAAAAGAAUGAAAGAGAAUUCUACUGCAACAGUGAGUUCGCAAUCAGUGGUAUAGUCCAUGAUAUAGUGACCCUUGGUAAAGGGCUACGUCUGGUGACAUUAUUGGUAGACAGCAGUGGAUUCUAUCGCAUGAGUCGAUUAUAUGUCACGCCUGAUGGAUUCUUCUUCAAAGUGCAUAUUCUUGUUGUUGACACUUUCAACUGUAGAAGAUUGUGUCCGGACUUGAAGUUUGGUGGUAAAUACAUCCUGAUGGGCCUGAUUUAUCACAGGAGAUACAUUCUACCCACUUGGGCCCAAGAACGUGUUUCUGGGAGACUAAAGCCAGGAGAUGGACUGGUUAAGAGCAGCAGCUAUGUGAGACGAUAUAACAAAAAGAGGGACCAGAGAGUCCAGUUAGCACAUGAUGGGAAAUGUGGAAGUGCAUUUUUCAGAUCUCAGCAGAAUUGAAAUGGGCCAGUGUGUACUUUACAUUAUCUGUAACAAUAUGACAAGUAGUGUAAGCAUUGUUGUUUGCUAUUAUUAAUGAAUGUAGCUCAUUGUACUCAAAAUGUUCUAUAAUAUAAGUAGAGUCAAAGAAUCAUACAGCGUGGAAACAGACACUUUGGUCCA